AAACAUUACACCACACUACUGAGACGCUGCUGCGGCAAGGGACAGCCAUGCAAGACCAAAGGACCAAAUCUUACUCAAAUGUUAAAACACAGCUGGAAAUAGACUGGGAGGAAGAACGGCGAGCUAUGCUGGAAGAACAGAAAAUAAUCAGGCAACGUGCACAGAAAUUAUCAGUUGAGACCAAUCGACGAAGGAAAGCUCUUGAGGACAGACGCAGAGAAGAAGAGCUGAAGGAACAGAGAUUCCGAGAUGAGGUUCUACAGCGAAGGAAGAUAAAACUUCAAGAAGCCACAGAGAACUUCCAGAGGGCCCACCUACCUCCAUCACAGCGCAGGAGAACUGCAUAUGUAGUUAGUAAAAAGCCAAACCCGAAGCUUGAAGAUGCUCUUAAGCAAAUUCAGUCAUCUCUGUCUUCCACGUUCUACUAUAUGUCCAAUCACCGGAGCCCUUUCAAUACAAGGAGCUCAGACUCGCCAUCCAGUACUUCAUCAAUAGGUAUCUCUGCAUGGCCGAAGAGACAAGAGUCCGCUCCAAAAUUUCCUUUUGAAGGAGUUUAUCAGGAGAAGUCGGUGAUCCAGUUUGAGAGCGAUCAGCUAUACUUCCAGAACAAGUUAGAGGAGGCACAGCGUCUCCUGGAGGAGCAACAUCUCAACAACAUACAGAAUUUCCAUCAGGAAGUGGAAGAACUAGCACAUUCGGAGAGUUUAUCUAGUUUGGACAGUCUAGAAGAAGGUCCAAACACUGUAAACGAGGAACUUAAUACAGUCCAAGAGCUUUCAGUUGACCCUUUGCAAAGAGCGUUGUCAGAAAUCUCUUCCAUUGUGAACAGUGGAAAUCCCUACACCAAUGAAAGUAACAGUGGGUUAAACGGUCAAAAAAGUUUUGAAUCUCAUCAAUUGACAACGGAUAUGAUAAGAGAACAAAACCUAUCUAUGAAAGAAGAAGAGUGGCACAGAUCAGCAGCUGAGCACGCAGUGACGGAUACUAUAACUCACAAUGGAUCCUCCUACGCUACUUUCUCAUCAACGCAAGAAAUAAAUCACUUCUCACAAAUGCCGACAGCAGAGGAAAAGACCGGUUAUUCUGACAUGGGUUAUAGAGAAAGUACAACUGUUGUGGUUAGGCCAAGCAAAGCUUGGGCCACUCCCGACCCAACCCCAAGAGAAGCCAUCCAUACCUCGGAGCCACACAAUAACAAAGACAUGGUACAAUGCUCUGGUUUAUCAAUAAAGCCUACAAUGAUUCAGCCCUUGGCAACUUCAAUAGUUGUUCCAUUAUCUGGAAGUUCUGCCAUUAACUGCCAACCCAACUCUGAUUUAAAACAAAGUAAACAUGUACAUGAAUUCCAUUCAACAAACUCUGUUUCUGAAGGCAUGCCUACUUCAUAUAAUUCACAGUUUUACAGAGUAAAAAGUGACCAGGCUAAGCCUAUAGAAAGCAGCAAUCCGAGCACCCCAUUGCGGGGAUACCUCUCCUCACAAAAUCUAGUGUCUAAUAUCAAAUCUGGGGAUAAGCAAGAGGAGAAGGAACAUCGAAACAAAAGUGGUCAUUCCCAAGAAUCACAAGAAGAUCCUGAUACCGUGUUGCCUACAUUUUAUAUAAAAGCGAGAAUUACCAGUGCUGGAAAAGAUGGACACAGGUUGUUGAAAAGCAUAUUAAAGAAAGGCUCAAAGUAUGAAAAGGGUUAUAAUAGGACGCUGGGUAUUGGCAAAAUGUUUCAGCUGGGGGAGAAAAGCUCAGAUGGCCUUAGGGACAGUGUGGAACUGGCUAAGGAAAAGGAAAAUAAGAAAAAUAAAAAAUUAAGAUGGUUAGAUGAAUCGGACAAAAUAAGGGAAAACAAAGAGGCACCAGGCACAAUUAGGAACAUAGAAGCUACCCAGAAGCCUCAAGUGGAGCCCUCUGCUACAGGACAUUUUAUGGAACAUGUUUUUGUCCCUACUGUUUCCUUAACUGACCAAGUAGGUCCUUCUGCCGGAACUCCUAGCUCUGUUUAUUCGACAGGUUACCAUUUCACCAAGCAGGCAUGGAUGGCAACUAAAGGAGAGGAAACGAACACUAUAGGCCAUACUCAGGCCAUUAGAACACCACCAAAGGCAAAAACAAAGGUAGCAAGGCGCCCAAAAUCGGCUAAAACCCAAUCCGUGGUUGGAUAUCGGAAUAGGAGGGGUGUCAUUAUACGGCCUCAAUCAGCUACUGAAGCAAGUAAAAUUGCAAACACUCAGGCAAAGGUGAUGGUACCUCAUCCUCCACCCAGGCUUGCUGCAGACAAUAAUAAUAGCGAUACCAUUACAGAAACAAAGGCUCAGCCUGGGAAUAUAAACAUUUCUCAGGUUAAUCAUUUGAACAAUGUUAUACAAUCACCCAACCAUGGUUUAACAAGAGAUGCAAUGCUCUCUAAAACAUUAUCUCGUUCUAAUAUACCUGCACAACAACCUGGUCCUCCUGAUGUUGAGAGUGCCACAAAAUCCAUCUUUACCUUAAACAGUGAGCGGGUGUUAGCUAUACAAGAAAGCUUACCCGUAUCUGCCAAACGGAACCCUGUAUAUGGAUUGAAUGGGCUGCGUCUAGACCAUACUCCCACUGAUGAGGAAAUUGCUCUUUUAUGGAAAGGAGUACGAUGUGCCUUAUCUCAUAAAAACUCUGCUGCUGGUGAUUUCCGUCCCGGUGACCUACCUUCUAAUUUACAGACACGACCUAACCUGUCCCAUGUCAUCAUCGAUGGAGGAACCCUAAAUAACUGGAAAACAUUUUCUAAAAUGAAUGGCUACUCCACUCCUUUUUUAAAUAGUUAUGUCACCCUUCCAAGAAGAAGGCAGAUUGUAGAUAACAGCGAGAACAAACGUAAAGCUUUGCUGGAGCAACGAAAAAGCAGGCCUGGUUCAGAAGGCUGGAGGCCUCCACUCUCACAGAACUUCCACACAGUGAAGAUAAGCCCAUUCCCCAGUACACAUGAGCCUUCACAAGCACACCCUGCACCAGCUUCUGUUGAAGUUUCAGAAAGCACGGCUCAGUUUAUGCUGGCAGAAAAUCUGGUGGAAACAUCUGCAACAGAUGGAGAAAUCUUAGCUGCCAUGCAAACAUUUCAGGCAAACAAGCACAAUCUCCAGAGCCACAAAUCCCCGAACGCAGGACACACAGCUCUGUCUAUAGAAGAACAGAGGCUCCUCCAGUCUCUUGAUCGCCUUAACCAGAGGCUGCAUACUGUGCAGGACACAAUGAGCAAAGCCCCAGGAGCUGCAAAUGGUUUUCCAAUGAAAUCAACAUUGAACGUCCAUCAUAUUCCAGCUCAGCCAGUGGAAAAUGCCACACCAUCGCACAAAUACCGCAGCCUGUCUGCCGACCCCCGCACGCGGCUGCAGAGAAGAUACUGACUGCGUUUUAUACUGUCACAGCACACAGCAAUGUAUAUCUCUGUAUAUAUGUAUUUAUAAAUGUUUUUAUAUAAUGUUU